CAGCUCAAGCUAUUCACUGCAAAACACCAACACUCACUUACAAACACUAUAACAUUCCCAACUUCUUUUUGCUUAUUACAACCAAUGGCUGCAGUGACAAGCUUGGUAGCUGAAAACCCAGUUGUGAUUUUCAGCAGGAACAUUAAUUGUCCAAUGACUCACACAGUCAACUCACUCAUAACUGGGUUUGGGGCAAACCCUGUGUUGUACUAUCUUGAUAGGAUGCCCAACAGGCAGCAAAUUGAGAGUGCACUGGCUCAACUUGGUCGUCAGCAAAAUCAACCAGCUGUGUUCAUAGGGCAGCAAUUCAUUGGUGGCCCUACUGAGAGAGAGAUUGAGACACAAAGAGAAGCAACUGGCAAAAGAAGGUAGCUGCAGAAGAAAUCUGCAUAAAAAGCAUAAUGAGACGCCAAGGGAUAUAUAAGUUUUGUCGUGGAAUAUGAUAAAACGUAGAUGGUGAACGCAGAAAGUGAAAGGAUUAUGUAUUCUU